UAAAUACCACCCUUCACAGCACUUGGAAGCCACCAAUCCAUCUCCAACUGUGUGCUGGACAUCUUUAACUCCUAGACUGUGCCACUUACUCAACACUUAAGGGUUUAGCUUUUCACCGGCUUCUCUCUUGCGAUUCGUUAUCGCGUUCCACGCAAUCCGGCUGCGACGACACGGCGCACGACACGGCGCACGACACGGCGCCUUUUGGUCUCCUCUCCAGGGUGCGCAGGCACCAUGACAGAACCCGAGAACUUCGACGACGAGCUAUUUGCAGAUCUGUAUAAUGAUGACGAGCCAGCGGCCAAGACAACAUCCGCGCCUGAGCCCGAUCACUAUUCAGCUGCGCAGUCUGCUGCCCCGGAGGGCAAGAAUGACGAAGCUGAGGACACCGGUCAGAGCCAGGAUUACAAUGGAGGCGAUAGCGCACAAGUGAAAGACGAGGACGAGGUUGAGGAGGAAGAGGAUGACGAGAUCGACUUCAACCUUGGAAAUGGGCCGUCCACCACUGUGACACAGACACAUCGCGAUGAGAAACCGACACAUAGCGCGCCACCCGCACCUGCGGCCCCGGCGAAGGGUCCAAAUGCCAAGGAAGACGGGAAGAUGUUUAUCGGCGGACUGAACUGGGAAACCACGGACCAAUCGCUGAGGGACUACUUCUCGCAGUUCGGCGAAGUGGUGGAAUGCACCGUCAUGAGAGACGGCGCCACGGGCCGCUCCCGCGGCUUUGGCUUCCUCACCUUCAAGGACCCCAAGACGGUGAACAUCGUUAUGGUCAAGGAGCACUACCUGGACGGCAAGAUUAUCGACCCGAAGCGCGCCAUCCCGCGCGACGAGCAGGAGAAGACGUCCAAGAUCUUCGUCGGCGGCGUCAGCCAGGAGACCACGGACCACGAGUUCCGCGAGUACUUCGCGCAGUUCGGCCGCGUGGUCGACGCCACGCUCAUGAUGGACAAGGACACGGGCCGCCCGCGCGGCUUCGGCUUCGUCACGUUCGAGAGCGAGGCCGGUGUCGAGGCCUGCCUAGCCGCCAAGCUCGAGAUCCACGGCAAGCCGAUCGAGGUUAAGAAAGCGCAGCCCCGUGGCAACCUGCGCGACGACGACGACGCGGCCCGCCGCGGCGGCAAGUUCGGCCGCAAGGGCCAGGGCAUGGGCGGCAUGGGCGGCAUGGACGACGGCGGCCACGGAGGAGGCGCCGGCAUGGGCGGCAUGGGCGCCGCCAGCACGGCCGGCAUGUCGCCGCAGCUGAUGGCGCAGUACAUCCAGCGCAUGCAGCAGGCCUUCGCCAUGAUGCAGCAGCAGAUGAUGAUGAACCGCAACAUGAACCCGGCCAUGUUCCAGAUGAUGUACAUGCAGCAGAUGCAGCAGAUGCAGAACAUGAUGGCCGCCCAGCAGGGCCGCGGCGGGCCCGGCCCCAUGGCCAACAUGAACCCGGCCCUGAUGCAGCAGCAGAUGCAGCAGAUGCAGCAGAUGCAACAGCAGAUGAUGAACCAGCAGGGCGGCGGCCCCGGCGGUCCGGGCAUGAACCAGGGCGGCAUGUCUCCCGGCGGCGGAGGCAACCAAGGCCCGGGCGCCGGUCCCGGCGGCGGCGGAGCCGGUCCCAACCGCGCCGGCUAUAACGCCUACGAUCAACAGCAGCAGCAGUUCGAGCAGCAAAAGUACGAUCAGCAGCAGCAGCAGCAGCCGGGCCCGGGCCGGCGCGGCGGUCGCGGCGACAUGCAGCACCAACAGGGCGGCUACGGCCAGGGCGGGUACAUGGGCGGCGGCGGCGGCCCCACUAGCUGGGAGGGCAUGUACGACGACGUGCCGCAGCCCAUCAUGAACCAAGGAGGCGGCGGAGGCGGCGGCGGUUUUGGCGGCGGGCGGGGCGGCGGCUUCCACAAGGGCGGCCGUGGUGGCGGUCAGCAGCAGCCGCCGCAGGGGCCGGUGGACCCUGCGAACGCGCCGCCUGCGAACGCGCCGACGGGGCCCAAGAAUGCCGGCCGGCCGGGCGCGAAUUACCGCGGUGGCGGCCGCGGCGGGAACAGGGGCUUCCAUCCGUAUGCGAGGAGCUAGAGGUCUUCGUUUUCGUUGGAGCAGCAGGAUGGGACCGGAUGGGGGCACUGCAGUGGUGGUGGUGAUUGGCAGUGGCAGUGGCAACAGGGAUGGUGAAUGUUGCUCGGCUUCUUUUCCCCUCAUUCUUUGUUCUUCGAUUUGGGUUUUCGCUUGACGUUCUUUGCUUCCUAGUCCUUUUUUGCGUUGGGCGGGGAUGUGGUAAUAGGACCAGGCUGAAGGCUUCCCAGGCUGUCUGACGAGU